AUGAUCACUUCUCAAAUCAAGGACAAAAUCAUUUUGUAUGGCAAUCACAUCAGCCAACCUUCACGAUCCGUCAUGUGGUUCAUGAUGUUAAAUAACAUUCCUUUUGAAUUUAAAUUAGUGAGAUUGGAAAAGUUGGAUCAUCGUGGAGAGGAGUACAAGAAGAUCAAUCCGAUGCAACAAAUUCCUUCAUUGACCAUCAUUCCUGAUACAAGUUCUUCCGAAUCUGUUUCAACUAAAUCGUCCUCUUGUCAUGAAGAACAUAUUUUCGAAAGUCAGGCCAUUUUGUUGCACUUGUUUCAUCGAUAUCGAAAAAGUUGUAAAAUUCCUGCUCAUUGGUAUCCAGAUCCUCAUGCACACUUGACAGAGCAUACUAGAGUGAACAUGUAUUUGAAUUAUCACAAUUCACAAUUGAGACCUGCAGUGGGUGGAUAUGUUUUUGCUGCUGCUAUUGGACCCACUGCAUUUGGAAUGAAACGAGAUGAAUCCAAUAUUCGAUCCUUGGAAAAGAAGACACAUCUUGUGUUGAAACAAUUGGAUACUUUUUGGAUGAAUGGAGCUGCUAUCUUGGGAAAUGCUCCUUCUUCAGGACAAUCUCUCUAUUUGUGUGGACAAGCUAAAAUUUCAAUUGCUGAUCUGUUGUGUUAUAAUGAGCUCAUGCAGUUGACACUUCUGACAGACGCUUCAACAUUGUGGGAAUCAGAAAUUUACAAGCCUUAUUCAAAUGUUUGCAAAUGGCUUCAACUCAUGUCCAAAACUCCAGAGCAUGACAAGGUCUUUAAAUUUCUGAAUAUUCUGAAAGAAAAAGUCAUUCAGCGAACGUACAUCCAAACUUUAAAUGUUGUGAGUGAAAAUGGUGACACUUCUUUUCUUGCAACAUGGAUUGGAAUACAUAUGUGA